AUGGCUUUAACUCAAUCUGCACGACUGCCAGGUCCAUCCUGGGACGAAGAGGUCGUGCCUGCUCUACGGAAACGGCUAGAGAGCGAGAGCAGAACACUGGCGCGACGAAUGUCCGCUAUUUCCCUAUCAUCGGUAGACGAACCCGCACCGCUAAGCUACACUGCUUUUGCGGACAAUUCAUUGCGUUCAAAUCAACCUCCAGCUCGUUCGAAUACUCUCCAAUCAUCUGGCGGUCAAAGACAACAGGCAGCUUAUCAACAACCACCAGCACCGGAUCGUACGAUGACUACUGUAACCUCUCGCAAUAAUGGCACGGCUAAUACAAGCGUACAAGUACCAAUUCAACAACGAGCGCGAACGUAUUCAUCACCCUACGCCUCUAAUCCCAACGGACACCCAAAUGGAACGACUCGGCCCAAAUUAAAUACAACCAAAACGGCUGAUGGUUCUCGUUCGCUUUCUCCCCGACCUGUUGACGUGAAGCCCACGCGGAUACCCAAGGCAUCUCGUCCACCGCAAGUUGCGGGAGCUUCUUCCACCUCCAACUCGCCAUAUACGAAUGGAUUCAGUCACAGCACACCUGUCACACCAGAAAUACCUUAUCAACUACCUCCAGAACAUCGGGCAUACGGAACAACCCAAAGAGACCUUGUGCCAUCAUCAUCAACCAGGUCGACGAUUGAGCUGCCUGCGCGAGGAAAAUACCACCAAUCUCCUGGGCUUAUGCAGGAAUCCCCGCCCUUUCCAACCGAAUCAACAAUGUCUUCCGGUUUCGAUCAGGAUCCUCCGCGUCCCUCAAUUGACUCGGAGGAACGACCAUAUGAGCACUGGUAUCGUGGGGAGGUGUCAAGAAAUGGAGGUGUGGGUGAGCUGCGAGUUGGGAGAAGGCAAGAAAUGCUGGAUAUCGCUAAUUAUGGACAUCUGAUUGGAAAUAAGAAAGCGACAAGUCGAGUACCUCCGGUUCAGGCAGUGGAAAACAGUGUUCGACAUCGAAAACGGGCAGGAAGUAUUGCAGGGAUUACAAACAAAGAGAGGGAAAGAGGAAGCGUAUAUCUCGACGACGAGCAUGCCGACGAGGUUGGCCGGGUGCUUGAUGAGCAUCCUUUGACUGACCUGGAUGGAGAAGAGUCGGACAUUAACUCAAUAACAGACCGGAAUGCGGUGGCUUAUGCUUACCUGCCUGAAGAUGCUGACACCAUGCCGUCGGAGGAGUGGACGCAAACAGCUGGUGCGCACGAGUUGCGCAGUACAACUCCAACACCCAGUAUGAUACCUCGGUCAUCCUCCCGACAAAACCAAAACUAUCCUCCGAGUCGAAUACCAGGGCCAUCUUCGCGGCGUUCGUCAGAGUCUCGUUCAACCGUGACGACGCCUCCCGCUCAGAAUGGUCUGAGUCGCUCCACAGACAUUAAUUCGACCUCGACAUCUUCCAUCACUACACCUUCACCAUCCGUUUCUACCUCAUCACCAAAUCAGAGGCAACAAACGUAUGCAAACCAUACAGUGCCAUCUGCAACGCAAAAGCGGGGCAUGUCACCCGCGUCAAAAACAAAGACAUCACGGACGGCUGCUGGUAAGGCUACCAGGGCACGAUUAUUAAGUCAGAGGGAGAGAGAGAAAGAGGAGAAGGAGAACCGGGAAAGUAUAGCCCAAUAUCCUACACCAGGCGAUGAAGGAGAAGAUAUGGCUGACGCCAUUCCGUCAUGGACGCAACCUGUGCCAAAGACAGGCAACUGGGACGAGGUUGUGUUGCCUGUAGUUGCUCGAAAGAAGGGUUUGGAUGGAUAUUACGAAAAUGCCAACGGUAGCCCGCAACCAAAGAAGAAAGGCGAUGCGGUAGAACCUGCUCCAGGUACCUUUGGAUUCGACCAUUCCAAAUACCGUCCUCCGCGUGAUUUCGAGUCAAUACCCAUGGAUGAAUUCGGACGUCCUGCAGAACAGCCCACAGAUGGAAAGGAGCCUGAGGUUGCUCAAGCUGAAAAACCUAUUGACGAGAAACCAUCCCCGCAUGAUGAAACACGUCUUCCCGUGCGGCAGCCUCCACCCCAAUCACCCGUGCCAUUUGCGCAGUAUGCUCCAACAAACGCACAGACUACUCGUCUAAAGGUCAGCGAUCCGGAAGCUCAACUACCUCCUCAGCAGCAACAGCAUCAAAUGGAGGAUGAUGACAAAGAUGCUGGGUGCUGCAAGUGCAUUAUUAUGUGA